GAUUGUGCAUCCAGCAAGUAAUUUAUUAUUGUUUACAAUUUAUUACUAAUAAUUAAUAAUGCCAAAAGUGCGUCGUAGUCGCAAACCUCAGCCAGUUAAGGAGCAGGUAUUUGAAGGGACGCUGGAGGAACCAGUCUAUUGUACUGAUGGUAGCGCCCACUGGUCGUUAGUCCAUUCGCUGGAUUCGAUUGACAAGAGAAUGGCAAUACUGUCAGACCAAUAUAAAUCACUUUUGGAUGAUCUCGCUGAGCAGAAGGUGCUUAUAACACAGCUUCUUAAUGGGCGUGCUUAUGACACGGACCUAGGAAAAAAAUUCCCCAUAUUAUCUAAGAAUGCUUUAAUCCAAAUCAAUGACGACAUUGAGACGGGGGAUAGGAACUCCUAUAUAAAUGUUAUGAGACAGCUACUUCUUCCAAAAGGAGUACGAAAGAAUUUAAGAAAUAUUAUUGCCGACAACGUCACUAUGCAAUAUAAUAUAGAUGGGAUAUUGGGCAAAGAACCACUUAAAGCCCUUGAACACUUUUAUAAUGCUUUGCUCAAGUCGAUAGAAACUGAUGGAGUCGGAUCGCCGGAGGAAAAGCUUCGUAAUGCAAUGCAGCUUCAAAAAAAGCGUGUUAUAAAAUCCCAAAACAAAAAUAAACGGAAAGUAAUAUAUAAAGAAGAAAUAAAAUAAAAUA